AGAUACUUCAUAUAUAUAUACACACCACUCGAAUUCCCUAAAUUUUCGAUCCUUAAAACUUAUAAUAAUCGCUCAAACUCUCUGAUCCGUUUGUGAAAAAUCAAGAAUGUCAAAGGCGAAGGCAAAGGUAGAGAAAAAGGCGUUAGGGAGAUAUGAAGAACUGGGCAUGAAGGAGUCUCUGCAUAGAAUAUACCAAUACCCAAUAGCGUGCAAGGAGCUGAGCUUCAUUCUAAGACUCGCUUACAACCAACUUCCCAAAGUUUUGCAAUCCCUUAUCUUCCAAGACACCCUCACCGCCUUUCGUCUUCUUCCUCAAAUGCAGACAUGCACUGCUGCUUCAGCCGCCCAUCUUCUCUAUCAGAGUGCAGAGGCUGCAUUGCCAAAGCAGAAGAGGAAUCUUGCUAUUACAGAAUUUAAGCAUGCAAUGGUUGCUCAUAAGAGGCGCCAAAAAGCCCGCCAGGAAGAAAGAGGUUCUGCCCAACUGCCACUAGAUGUUCUCGUGCACAUCUUCAGUUUCCUUGAUGUGCAAUCUGUAGUUUCAGUCGGACUAGUCUGUUGGUCUUGGAACAUAGCAGCAAGUGAUAACCAUCUGUGGCAGUUACAAUAUGCUUCAGUCUUUGGUGAUUCUGAAAAUUGUUUGAAUAUUAAGGAGCAUCAGAGUGGUAGACUUGUUGAAGAUGAGGAGUACAGACAUUUGCAGGAGGCCAUGACUACGAGAACCAGUAUUGACUGGAGAGGGGCCUUUAUAAGAGCAUACAUAGGCAAUGCAUCAAAGAACUUAACAUCCAGUAGGGGAUACUGUGUAUAUUGUGGCACUAUAGUUUGGCUCAAUAACAUGAAGUGCUCUGAUGGACAUCAGCAAGUAACUCCUUACUCACCUCACCAGGUUGCUAGGUAUAUAUUGAAUGAUUCUUCAGAUUUUAGAUGUUCUUCAGAUAGUGAUAGUGAUUCUGAUGAAGGGUCAGGUUUUAUUUUAUGGGCCUAUCCAAGAAACAUGUUUUUGACUCUAGCAGAAGAUUUCAAUUAAGAAGUAUCUGAAAAAUCAAUGGAGAAGUAUCUGAAAAAUCAACGGAGACCAAUUUGUAAAUCUCAAAAAUGGACUCAGUAUGAUAUUGGCGAGGGAAAAGACACGAUACCCGAUGCAACUUAUUAUUAGUUUUCUCCAAUAUUUCAAUAAUUUUUUACAAGAAUCUUGUAACUAAACUGGUUAGCACCUCAUCCAAGUUCAAAUCUCCCACCCCAACUAUCGAUGUAUAAAAACAAUAUUUCAAUAAUUUUCCUUACAAAAAUUUGUAAUCUUUAGUUAAUUCUUUUAUGCAGAAAAACAUUAAGAAUA